AUUAUUUUUAUAUGUUAUAAUUUAGCAUGGAACGUGCCCGAUUUGUCGUAAGUAUUUAGCUGAUGAUGGAUUAGGUUCAAUUAAUUCUGACCCACUAAAUGGAAUCAGCCUGGGUGUUGGUCCAAACUUAGCAGCACUUAUUAGAGCUAGAGGCCAACGUAAUAGUGAUCCAGUUUGGGGAAUGAAUGAAUAUGACAUGGCAUCAACAUCAUCAGAUUGGCCAUCACAACUUGGUAUAAGUUUACCUUUACCCAUUGUGUCCACUUCUUCAUCCACCCAAAUUCCAGCCACUUCAGGCAUGUCUACAUAUUCUUCUGUUGCUGCUAGAAAUUUACAUGACCCUCAAUUAUCUACAUCUAAUGAUGCUGAACCUAUGGAUACUGAUCAUGAUCAAAAUUUACCAGCAGUGAACAAUACAAAUGAAUCCUAGUCUUUUUAUAUUACU